UAUUCAUGUGUGUGUUAUAGAAAAACAAGUGUUUUAAACGGUUACAAAGAGUCAUAUGUUUGUAAAGUAAUUAUGUUGUUACAACAAGCUUUACAGAAAAAAUUUAAGUACAAUGAUUUUAGAAGUGAAUUACAAGCCAAAGCUACUGCAGCAAUAUAUGACAGAAAACGGGAUGUGUAUGUUUGUAUGCCCACUGGAGCUGGAAAAUCAUUAUGCUUCCAAUUACCAGCUGCAUUAAGAGAAAAUGCUGUGGCACUAGUUAUUUCACCUUUAUUAGCUCUUGUGAAAAAUCAAGUGGAUUUUUUAAAUAGUAAAGGGAUCAGAGCAUUUGCUUUAAACUCUAAAACUACUGCAAAAGAAAAAUCUUUAAUUAUGCAAGAUUUAUGUAGUAAAAAGCCAGCGAUCAAAAUGCUAUAUGUUACUCCAGAGAUGUGUACGCAAGAACAUUUUCAGAAACUUGUGGAGAAAUUAUCCAAAUCAGAAGCUAUUUCGUAUUUAAUUAUUGAUGAAGCUCAUUGUUUGAGUCAAUGGGGACAUGAUUUUCGACCAAGUUAUAGGAAAUUAAGCAUCUUAAGAGCUAAAUGUCCUGAUGUUCCGAUUGUUGCCUUAACAGCUACUGCAGCAAAAGAGGUUGUCGAGGAUAUAUUUUCAAGUUUAAAUAUGAAAGAUCCUUUAAUAUUUUCUGCACCAGUAUUUCGAGAAAAUUUAUUCUAUGACUUAUGGUUUACAGAUACAAUAACAAAACCAUUAGAUCAUUUAUUAAAUUUUAUUAUUGAAGCACUUGCUUCUUCAGACGACAGUUCUUUGCCGAAAAAUAAUAAAAAUUGUGGAAUUAUUUAUUGUCGUAAAAAAGAAAGUACUGAAGAUAUUGCUGAACGAUUAAGUAAAGCAGGAGUUCCUACACUUGCAUACCAUGGAGGGCUGAGUACCAGUAGUCGUAACAAAAUUCAAGAUAGGUGGACAUCGGGCGAGGUGCCAGUUAUUGCAGCAACAUGCAGCUUUGGAAUGGGAGUAGACAAGGGAUCGGUUAGAUUCGUCGUUCAUUUGACCGUUCCUCAAAGUAUAGCUUCCUACUAUCAGGAAUCUGGUAGAGCUGGCAGAGAUGGAAAAUCAGCUAACUGUCGAAUUUACUUCAGUAGCCAAGAAUUUCAAGCUGUACAGUUCUUGAUGAAGGAUGUUGAACCAGGACAAUCCACAGAAGUAGCCAAAUCAAAAUACAAAAACUUUGAAAAAAUUGUUUCGUAUUGUUUGGAGGCAAAAUGUCGACAUGCCAAGUUUUCACAAUUUUUUGGGGAUAAUAUUCCUCCAUGUAAAAACCGAUGUGACGUAUGUAAAAAUGAGAAGGAUGUAAAACAAAAAAUUGCUGAAUUUGAAUUUCUGAGUCAGUCACAGUCUCAAAAAAAAUCGCAAAGUGUAGGAGAUGGGAUUGCUUUACCGAAAUUUGAUAAUUUUGACGGAGAAGAAUUGGGGGGUGGUCCAUCGAGAGAACAGAUAAUUGCAGCCGAGAAAAGAGAAGCCAAAGCCUUAAUAGAUGAACAAUUUGCUCUACGUCGCGGAGAAAACAGUAUUAGUGAAAAGAUACGUCAGCAAAAUAAAAUUGAUGCAAAAAAAUCACGAGUAAUUGCUGCUGAAUGUACAGACCGUAAAGUCAAAGGUCUAACAAUUCAAGUGCGAGAAUAUUGUGUACAACAAUUGAAAGAUAAUCUUCUAAAUAAUUUACGAGUUUGUCAAAAUGAAUUUGAUAAGAAGUUCAGCGAAGUAGAAGUAGAAGACAUGGCUCGUGAUUUAGAAUACAAUAUUUUAUGUCAGACAAAGCUCGCUAGUAAAUAUAAAUUAGAAAUAUCUCAGAAGGUAGCAACAAUUCGGGAAUUAACUAAGCAAAUGGAGAUGCAUGAAUGUUUUUCAACAUGCAAUUCUCUAGACAUCAACAAUAUCAACAUUCCAAAAACUAGUCAUUUAGGAGGGUUUGUAACAGGAUCAGAUCUGAUGAAAAUGGAAGAAAUGAAAAAUGAAAAUAAAAAUGAUACUAAAACCAGUGUGAAAAAGAAUAAUGAAAGGAAAGUUAAUGGUUUAAUAAGACAAAAAUCAAAUUCAGAUGAAAAGCUUGAUGAUUUUGAUAAAAAUGAAUCAACUAUCAAUACAAAUACUCCAAAAAUAGGAUUCCAAUCCGCUUUGGAAACUCAUAAUAAUGAAAAUGAUAAAAAGACUGAUAAUAAAAAUAAAACUUCCAACUCUUCGAAGAAGAGAGAAUCUAAAAAAAGUCUAAUAUCUAAGGAAUCUGAAAAAAAUUCUCUUUUAAAAUAUUUUGUUCAAAAACCAGCGGUAAUAAAUAGUGACGUUGAUAAACAAAUAAAUAGUAUUAACACGAGGGAUAACAAUGAUUGUGAUACGGAAAAACAAGAACUGGGAAAACGUAAGGAAAGUUCUUUAAAGAUGGACAAAAAUAGUACAAAAAUCAAUGACAGUAGUCUUGAAAGUAAUAAAAAUAGCUCGAAAAAAGUUAAUUACAAUUCUACGUCAAAGAAUGAUAGUUCUAAAAAAAAACGUUCAUCUACAAAAAUCUCCGAUACCCUUGAUGUCAAUCAACCGAACAAACGCCAUAAAAAUGACGAAAAAAAUAUUCGAGUGUCAACUGAACGUAAAAAAUUACCAGAAGAAAAUCAAAUAGCUAUAAAAAAUAGUGAUGAUAGUAAUAACUCUUCAAAAACAGAUAAAAAAGAAGAGAAGAAAAUACGAUUUGAAACAGCAAAAGUUGUGAAAGGACAUCUGAUGAGAUAUUAUCCUUCAAAACGUGUACCAGAUAAGGAAUCAUUUAUGAGGAUUUGUAAAGAUAUUCAUACUGAAAUUUUAGAUAAAAAAAUCUUCGAUCCAGAAGAAAUUCAUAAAUACACGAAAUCGUACUUACUGAAAAUGUAGAAACAUUUAAAAAGUGUUUUACUGUAAUUAAUGUAAAAAGUAUUAUUUUCUCAUUCAACUAUUUAUUCAAUAAUAAAACAAACAUAAACAAGGAAUAUCGCGAUUGUUCCGAAAACUCAGGGAUAUAUGAAUUAGAUUUAACUAAUCAUGAUACCAAUCAGACCAAAAUGUUAAUUGAAAAGACAUUUAAAAUAUUUAUAUAAUUUUCUAAACCACUAUAAUGUUUUUGCAAUAUAUUCGAUACAAAAAUACCUUAGAGACGAUGAGGACCAAUAGGAAAAAGAAACGAUGAAAGUAAAUAAGUAGGAAGGAAGGAUGGUAAAGCGG